ACAGAAAAAUUAUUUAUAGUUUUAAGUUAAUAACUAUUGCGAUUUCGAAAAAAUGGGACAUAAAAUAUUGUUGUCCUUGACAAGUUCUACACGUAGUUAAAAUUAUUGCACUUAUUUCAAAGACACGUUGUAUAUGCAUAACAAAAACAAAGAUAGAUUGAUCCAUUGUGCAUCUUAAUAAAUAAAUAGAGCUUAAGUGAAAUGAAUGGCAUCAGUUAAAUUAUGACCGUUGUGAUCUAAUCACAAAAAUGAAGAUAUUUACAAUAUUUCUCUUAUACUUUCUGGAAAAUGUCCACUCUGCUGGAAUUCUCUACCCUCGAGCUUCCGAAACACGCGAUUUGCUCAAUUUGGACGGUUUGUGGAAUUUUGCACUAACAAACAGUAAUGAUCCUUUAAGAGGAUUUAAUGAGGAAUGGUUCAAAGUCAAUUUUAACACAAUUGAUUAUCUUGAUCUUCAAAAAAUGCCAGUUCCUGCUAGUUACAAUGACGUUGGUGCUAACGCAAGUCUCAGAGACCAUGUGGGGCCUGUUUGGUACCAAAGAAAUUUUUUUGUACCAAAAGCAUGGAAUGGAAAAAAGGUCUGGAUUCGGUUUUCUUCAGUGUGUCGAGCGGCUGAAGUUUGGAUUAAUGAUGAAUGGGUUGUAAGUCACGACAUCGGCCAUUUGCCUUUCCAAGCCGAAAUCUCCUUCGGGAUUAUGAUUAUUGACGAAAGUCCAGCUGUUAACACUGAAGGUUACUCCGACGCAUUGUUAGAAAAUCAUAAAAAAUCUCUAACUGAAUUAAUACAAAGAGAUAAAAAUAGACCAGGUGUCAUAAUUUGGUCGGCUUCAAAUGAACCUAGGACGCAAUUUAAUGAAUCAGCAGCGUACUACAAAGAAGUUAUCUCCCAUAUUAAGAGUUUGGACACCACACGACCUGUAACUAUCGCAAAUGCCCAACAACCAGACGUUGACCACUCUACCCAAUUUCUCGACAUUGCGUCGUUUAAUUUGUACUCUGCGUGGUACUUCGACCCUGGCGAUGUCGAUGUCAUUAUACCUCACGUUCUAGAAGUUGCAAGACGAUGGAACAAACUCCAUAAUAUCCCAGUUAUAAUAACAGAAUAUGGGGCAGAUACUCUAGAAGGUUUACAUACUUUGCCGUCAUUUAUUUGGUCAGAAGAAUAUCAAACAGAAAUUAUGAGCAAACAUUUCCAAGCUUUCGAUCAAUUGCGCGAAGAAGGUUUCUUUAUUGGAGAAAUGAUUUGGAAUUUUGCCGACUUCAAAACCGAUCAAGCUUAUACUCGAGUUGGGGGAAACAAGAAAGGGAUUUUUACCCGAAAUCGUGAGCCCAAAGCAAGUGCCCACUUAUUGAGACAGCGUUACUGGAGUUUAGCCGAAAAAUUAGACAAUGCUGUGGUUCCAGAUGAUCUUUAUCACUACAUUUAUGGGUCUGGAAAUGAGAAAAAUGAAUUGUAAAUUACAAAUAAUAAAAAAAAACAUUUCAAAAGUGCGAACACGUGAACAAGUCGCAUAAUUUAUGCUUUAUUGCUGUUUCAUGUUGUAACAACUAAUAAAAUGUUAUUGCUUGAAUAAAAAAUCAAUAAAAU